AUGCGAGCUGUUCCCGCGUGGAGGACUUGGACCGUCGUUCGCGGGUCUUUCCUGCAGUCCCGGUCCUUCGCUUCCGCCCAUUCAGCGUCUCCGAUUAAAGUGCAGUUCCAACCUGCUCCUCACUCGGGCAACAUUCGCAUCCUCUUGCUGGACAGACCCGAAGCGAGAAAUGCCCUUUCACGCGGGCUUAUCACUGAACUGAGGCGUCAUGUGGAUGAAAUCCAGGCGGAAGGAGGCAGAGGCUCUACGCGGGCACUAAUCCUCGCUUCCAACUCAGACAAGGCAUUCUGCGCCGGGGCGGAUCUGAGAGAGAGAAAGGGAAUGACACAGGAAGAGACAAGAGCAUUCCUUACCAACAUGAGAAACACCUUCACCGACCUUUCGAACCUUCCCAUCCCUACCAUCACGGCGAUAUCGUCCGUUGCACUCGGUGGAGGGUUGGAGCUGGGGCUCUGCACAUCCCUACGAGUAUUCGGAUCUUCUGCUAUUGUCGGGCAACCUGAGACGAAACUGGCCAUCAUUCCUGGCGCAGGAGGAACAUACAGAUUGCCUGCACUUAUCGGUGUCAACAGAGCACGGGACCUCAUUCUUACUGGAAGAAGAGUCAGCGGAGCCGAGGCAUAUUUCCUUGGGCUGUGUAACAGACUGGUGGAGAUUACCCCCGAGGACGAAAAGGAUGAAGGAAAAGCGCGCCAAAAAGUCCUUGAUGCCAGCAUACAACUCGCACACGAUAUUAGUGAGGGAGGUCCUAUUGCAGUGACCCAGGCCAUGCGAGCAAUAAAUGGGUGGCAGAGGGGCGAACCGGCAGAGAAUGAGGCAUACGAGGUCAUUCUGAACACAGAGGACAGGGUGGAGGCUUUGAAGGCAUUUGCAGAGAAGAGAAGGCCAGUGUUCAAAGGCGCAUGA